AUGGCGGAGAAGCUCUGUGUGUCUCUCGCCCUCCCUACCUUCCAUCUGCAUCUGGUGGCCGCCAUUAAUACCCUGUCCCCAGCCACGGUCGGCCUCCCUUGGCCUGAUGCUGGCUCCCACCGCCCAGGAGCCCCAGCCGGGCUAGGCCCCCUUCUCUUAGCCCUGUUGCUGCUGCUACCCAUGGUCCCGGCUCCCAGAACAAGUGCCCAGGAGGUACCAGACAUGAUGCCUCUGCCUGGUUGCUCAGGUGGCAACUGCCACCCACCUACUGGCAAUCUGGUUAUUGGCCGUGGCCAGAGCCUUCGAACCUCAUCCACCUGUGGCCUCCAUGGCCCUGAACUCUACUGUGUUGUCGCUAAACUACAGGACUCUCAGAAUUGCUGCUUUUGUGACUCUCGGGACGGGAAAAGCCAUGGCAUUGAGAAUGUGGUCUCCCGGAGUGACCCUGAUGGCAAAAAGACCUGGUGGCAGGCAGAGAGUGGUGUUGAGAAUGUCAGCAUCCAAUUGGACUUAGAAGGUGCCUUUUACUUUACCCACCUCAUCAUGACUUUCAAGACAUUCCGCCCAGCAGCUCUGCUCCUUGAGCGCUCAGUGGACCAUGGGCACUCCUGGCAUGUGUUCCGCUACUUCGCCCACAACUGCUCAGGCCUCUUUCCUGGGAUCCCUCCUGGCCCUGGCCGCAGAGUCAGUGACCUCGUCUGUGACCAGCGUUACUCAGACAUCGAGCCUGCCACCGAGGGAGAGGUAAUUUUCCAAGUUCUGGACCCAGCCUUUCUGGCGGAGAACACAACCAACAUGGAGAUUCAGGAACUCCUGCGUGUGACCAACCUCCGUGUGAACUUCUCCAAACUGCACACACUGGGUGACAGGCCCCUGGGGGGCCUCAAGGGCCACCCCUUCUACUACUACGCUCUCUAUGAGCUAGUGAUAGGAGGCAGCUGCCUGUGCCACGGCCAUGCCUCUGAGUGCAGGCCCGCACCCGGGUCCCCACCCAGCGUGGAAGGCACGGUGCAUGGCCAUUGUGUCUGCCGCCACCGCACCGCUGGUACCCACUGUGAACGCUGCCAGGGCCUGUACCAGGACCGCCCGUGGCAGGCAGCAGAGCCUGGGUACCCCCACGCCUGCCAGGAAUGCGAGUGCCACGGGCACGCCCGCAGUUGUCACUUUGACAUGGCCCUGUAUCUUGCAUCUGGCAACGUGAGUGGAGGUGUGUGCGAUGCAUGUCAACACAACACAGCCGGGCGACACUGUGAGCUCUGCCAGCCCUUCUUCCACCGGGACCCCCUGGAGGACCCCCGCUCCCUUCACUCCUGCAAACCCUGUGACUGCGACCCUGUGGGUGCCCUGGAAGGGGGUUUGUGUGAUGCCUACACAGACGCCACCCGGGGCCUCCUCUCUGGGCAGUGUCGCUGCAAAGUUCACGUCUGGGGCCAGCGCUGCGACUCCUGCCGGCCAGGUCACUAUGGCCUGAGCCUCACCCAGUCAGAAGGCUGCCGGCCCUGCAGGUGCGACGCCCGGGGCCGGGGCCCCGGCACUCAUGCCUGUGAUCCAUCCAGCGGUGCCUGUCACUGCAAACGCUUGGUCUCUGGACGGGACUGCAGCCGCUGUCUGCCUGAGUUCUGGGGUCUGAGCGGUGACUCCCUAGGCUGUCGGCCCUGUGACUGUGACUUUGGGGGUGCCUACAGCAACAGGUGUUCUGCAGGGCAGGGCCUCUGCCUCUGCCGCCCCCACCUGCACGGCCGCCGCUGCCAGGAACUCCAGUCUGGGUACUUCUGCGCCACCCUCGACCAGGCCACUGCCGAAGCAGAGCAUGGCCACAGCCUCCGGCCUGCUGACCCACGGCUGCCUGGAGCCCCUUGGCCUGCUCCCCCCUACUGUCCACCAGCCCCAGGGACCUCCUCCGGUUGGCUCGGGCCCCGACUUUGGAGACAGCGUGACCCUCGCUGUGCCCUCCAACGUGCCAGGCAAGCCCAGUACAGCCACCAGCUGCCCAGGGAGUCUGUGUCUCACAUCCAGACCCCAGGGAAGCCCCCGCCCCUGUAUCGGGGAGCUGGCUUUGUACUGGGGAGGGGCUCAGACUUCAUACAUGUGGUGGACGGAGCUGGCCUUUCUCUGCUGGCACCCACAGUGCCUCGUGCCCUGGACUAUGACAUCGUCCUACGCUAUGAGACCCAGGUACCUGAAGUGUGGCAGGCAUUAGUCCGGGUCCGUGCCCAGUCGCAGCCCCGCAGUACUCGCUGUGCCCAUCCGCUGCCCUCAGAGCAGCUGUUCCAGGCGACCUUGACCCAUGUGCACAGAGCCGUGGUUCUUUCCAGACCGUUCUGCUUUGAACCUGGAACACGCUACUCUGUGACCCUGAGGCUGUGGCGGACCAAGGAGGGACGGAGACCCGAGGGAGGCACAAUCCUCCUGGAUUCAGUCGUGCUCCUGCCACAGGUUGGAGAGUUGCCUGGACUGAGGUCCGUGGACCCUGGGGCCCCGGGCCGCUUACAGGAACUCCACGAGGCAGGCUGCCUGGAGGCAGCGAGGGUGAGCCCACCCCGAAGCAUGCCUGAGGCCUGCGCCCGCCUCUCCUGCAGCAUCUCAGCCCUGCUCCAUGGAGGUGGCCUCGCGUGUGAGUGCCACCUACAGGGUUCACUGAGCACCGAGUGUGCCCCACUGGGGGGGCAGUGCCCCUGCCGCCCUAACAUCACGGGUCGUACCUGUGACCGCUGCCUGCCUGGGACAUUUGGCCUUGGGCCCACCGGGUGCCGUGACUGCCGCUGCCACCCUGAGGGGGCUGCCAGUGCCAUCUGUAACCCUACAAGCGGGCAGUGCACGUGUCGGGCAGGCCGCGCUGGUCGCCGCUGUGACCGCUGCCUCUCUGGCCGGUGGGGCUUCCCACGCUGCCAGCCCUGUGCCUGCAAUGGACAUGCCGAGUCGUGCCACCCACUCACAGGCGUCUGCCAGGACUGCCGCGGAGCCACCACGGGCCGGCACUGUGAGAGGUGCUUGGACGGCUACUAUGGAGACCCCACCCUGGGCUCAGGCCAGCGGUGCCAGCCCUGCCCCUGUCCUGGGCACCCUGGCUCAGGCCUCUAUCAUGGGACCUCCUGCCAUAUGGACAGCACCAGUGGACGUGUCCUGUGCCUCUGUGCCCCCGGCUAUGCAGGCCCCCUCUGUGACCGCUGCUCCCCCGGCUACUUCGGGCACCCCUGGCCUGGAGAUGACCCCAGAAGGAGUCCCUGCCGGCCCUGCCAGUGCAACAACAACAUUGAUCCCCGUGACCCAGCUGCCUGCGACCCCCACAGUGGACAUUGCCAGCGCUGUCUGCACCACAGCCACGGUGCUGGGUGUGCCCACUGCCGGCCUGGCUUCUACGGCAGUGCCCUGCGCCCAGGGGGCUGCCGGCGCUGCAGCUGUGACCCCCGGGGCACCAGCCCUGUGAGGUGCCCACCUGAGGCUGAAGCCUGCUUCUGUGACCCGGUCAGCGGGCAGUGCCCUUGCCGCCCCCACACACUGGGGCGGGACUGUAGCCGCUGUGCCCCCCUCUUCUGGAACCUCGGGGGGCCCCGGGGCUGUGAGCCCUGCAGCUGCCACGCCCGACACACUUUGCAGCCAGGGUGUCACCCAGUCACAGGUCAGUGCCCCUGCCGGGCAGGAUUUGGGGGCCGCACGUGCUCCCGGUGUCGGGAUGGGUACUGGGGUGACCCGGAGCGGGAGUGCAGAGCCUGUGCCUGUGACCCCCAGGGCUCCAUCUCGCCCAGCUGUGACCCACACACAGGCACCUGCCGCUGCCGAGAGGGCAUCUCAGGGCCGAGGUGCCAGGCGUGUGCCCGUGGCUCCAUAGGCGGCUUCCCACACUGCACGUCCUGCCCUCCCUGCUUCGCCUCCUGGGACCAACACCUGGCUCCCCUCCAGCUGCAUCUGGACACCGUGGCCCAUGAGGUGGCCGCCCUGCGCCAGGGCAUGCCUGGCUGGGGUGCUGGGCGCCGGGGAGGACAGCUGCAGGCUCUGGAGGGUAAACUCCAGCAGGCCCAAACACUCCUGGAAUCGCCUUCCCCCACCAGAGGGCCCCUGCGACAACUUACAGAGUGGAUCACUGGACUCAGGACAGAAAGAACCACAUUGGCCCAGACACUGUGGGUCACAGCCGAGGUUGUGGCAGAGAGAGAGUCAUGGGUUAGGGGACAGUGUGAACAUCUGGAAGAAUUAUCCCGGGAGUUAGACUGUGUCAAGGGCCUGGCCCGGCCCACGAAGGCCACGGGAGCCCAAGAUGCCAAGGCCCAGGUCUCCUCAGCUGCCCUGCUUUCUCAAGAGGCCCUGCGUACAGUCCAGGUCAUGGCCACACUUGGAGGACCAGACAGCCUCCUGGGACAGGCCCAGGAAGCCCGGCAGUGGACAGAGCAGCUACUGUGGGCAACGGGCCGGCCCAGAGGGCCAGCUGUGUUGCGGCUGAAAUUGAAGGGGCUGGUCGACAGGGUCCAGAGGUUGAGCCCUCGGCUUCGGGCACUGGUAGACAAAGCUGGAGUGGUGGGUGGAAAUAUGGGUCACUGGGGGAUGUUUUGCCAAGGAGAGGACUCUCCUGGGACUAAACUGAAUGUAGGGCCGUUCAAGACAGACACAAAUUCCUCACUGGGACCCCAAUCUUGUUGGCAGGGAUGCAGGGGUCGGGGACCUGGGCUGGCCCGUGUUCCUGUGCCCUCGGGUGUUCCCUCUUACCCUGGGACCCUGCUUACCUCCCAGUGGGCUCUCAUUGCCUCCCGUAACUCCUCCCGUAGCCUGGACAUAGCAGUCAUCACCUUGGAGCAGUGCCAGCAUCUGCUACGGCAGACCCAGGCCACGGCAAGCUCCACAGGAACCCAGGCCUGGGAGGCGUGGCGGCGUGCAAGGGGGCCCUGGGGCGUGGCCACCGUGUCUCGUGUGCGGGCAACUGUGCAGGCCAUCCAGCAUUUCCUCUUGGCUGAAGGUGCGGAUGCUGUGAGCGUAGAGCUGGUGGCAUGGCGUGGGCUGGUGGUGCCCGUUCCCCAAGAUGGGGCAGCGGGCCUUGCCUUCCGGCUGGAUCAGAUCCAGGGUGCCCUCCCUGCACCAGAUGCCGUGGGUCAGGAGCUGCCCAAAGCUGAAGGUGUCCUCCAUCAGGCACAGCAGACCAGGGCGGGUACAGCCAGGGCUCUGCACCAAGCGUUGGAUUUGGAGGGAGUGCUGGCUGAGGCGGGAACUCAUGCAAGGGCUGCAGAGCAAGGGCUGCAGGUGGUGAAACAGAGACUUCGGGGUCUGGAGGCCAGUGUACAGGAGGUGGCCAGCCACCUGGCCCAGGUUGCACUGGCAGGGGAUGUGACGCCAGUGCUGGGAUAUCUGUCCGGUGGACCUGCAGCUCUCAGGACCUGUUUGGCCCUGACUCAGCGGCAGGCCCGGGAGGCAGAAGAGCAAGCCACGCAUGCCCUGGGCGUGGCCGGGAGCCUGGGCCAGGAACUGCAGGUGGCCCAGCUGGGUGUGAUGGAGUUGCAGGAGGGCUCGGAGAGCCUUGUGGCCACGGUGCAGGAUGCAGGAGAGCGGGCACACCGGGCGCGAGCUGAGGCCCGAGAGCUGCUAACGCUGGUACAGAACAGCUGGAGAAGACUGGAGGGGUUGGAACGCCGCCUGGCUCAGAACGAGGAGGCACUGGGCAAGAAAGUGGCCACCUUGUGGGCCCUCGAGCAGCGGGCAGCAGAGCUACUGGGCCACAUGCGGCUGUGGGCCAGGGCAUAUGCCACCUGCUGA